AUGGAAAUCUUGUCAUACUUCUGUCGCAAGGUACCUAUGACUGCACCAAAGCAGGACGACGACGAAGAGACGAGAAGCUUUCUACACAACAAUGUGCAACAUCACUCAAGGUCAAACUACAAGACGGCCAUCAUCCUUACUCUGGUCAAUGCAAUAAUGCUCCUGCUGGCUGCAAUCUUCUUUGGCAUUUGGUAUCACAACCAGCAUUUCGUCAGGAACGCCGAUCUAAGGAGGACAUCAAGCUACAGUCCAAUCCUCGACCUCGUCGACCUAGAGCCCCGCCUGAUCAAGGUCAACGGCACGCUCUUCCCGCCAAAGCACCCCGCGAUAGGCCGGCAGAUGCCCAACCCGGACGCCGACCGCGUCUGGGCCGACUGGGAGAUCAACCACAUCGUGCCCGUCACGCGCGCCGACAUCCUGCGCAUGGGCAAGGACCCGGACACGGCGGUCAGGCUCGACGACGCGGUCUGGGGCCUCGGCGACGACGCGUACGCCGCCAUCCUCGACGUCUACCACCACCUGCACUGCCUGAACUCGCUGCGCAAGAUCGCGUACGGCUCGCACUAUGGGGAGCGCGGGGCGGAUGCGGCCGGGCCGACGAUGCACGAGGUGCACGUCAACCACUGCGUCGACCUGCUGGUGCAGGCGCUGCAGUGCAGCGGGAACGUGAACUUGAUCACGAUGCACUGGGUCGAGACCCAGACGUACCCCUUUCCUGACAUGUCGGUGAAUCGAAAGUGCAUUGACUUUGACAAGUUGACGCAGUGGAGGACGGAGAAUGCGAUCGACAUCGACAAGUACAUGCGGGUGAUUAGGAGGCCAGAAGGGCAGGCGGAGCUCAAGCUGCCGGACGCCGUAUACACGUAUCAGGGGAUCAAGAAUCCGAAUCAUGAGAACGGGGCGAAUCCUGGUGAGGACUUUAUUCUGUAG